UUUUUCAAAACUCACUUUGGCGAUGUAAGCGCUGGAUUGUGUAUAUCAAGCACGGAUGCGAUCGUUAUGCGCCCACCAAGUUCCCCCGCUUAUUCACUCUCAUCCUCUAAUAGUAUGACUCUAGUCACGAAUGAUCCCAGUUGGUGGCCAUCCAUUGAUGCAAGUAUUAUUUUCAGCUAUUUUACAGUUGCUGCCUCUGUCGGGGUAAUGUACGAUUGGGCGCUUACGUUUGAACAAGAGGUUGAACUGAUCUGGAGGCAACGCUGGUCGCCGAUGACCAUUCUGUAUCUCAUUGUACGAUAUAUUGGAAUAGGAUAUUCUGUGUACCAUACAGCCAGUGUUCCAACAAUUUUGACCACAGAUGCAGUGAGCCUUAUCAUGUAUGACGCUGUUGAUUGGAUGGGUGACGUUGUGGAUGCAAUACUGGGCGUCAUCAUGAUCGCUCGGCUACAUGCCAUGUAUCAGAGAUCCAGAAAGGUGCUGAUAUUUCUCGUCGUCAUCUUUCUGGCCAGCAGAAUUGCCAGCGCAGUGAUGCUCGCAAUACAGAUGAUGCAGAUUUCAGGGGAGGAAUACAUUCUCUCCGGCACCUAUCAGUGCACGAUUAGCUACGCGGGAGAUUCUCAAUUUCUGCAGUCCAUGACUUGGAUACUUGGCACUGUAUGGGAGGUCCUUGUACUGUGUCUCGCAGUCUGGAUUGCUGUAAAGCACUUCCGUGAACUGCGACGACACUCAACAAGAGGUAUCAUCGGGGACUGUUUCACGGUGCCUAAUGAAAACUCACGUGAGUUACUUUGCGAGGUGAGCUCAUAAUGUGAAUGUGGCUCUCUUGUUCCGCUGAAGUUUCGCAUGUGCUAGUUUUUUGGCUGUCUCUUGCUUCCAAAUCGGUUUGUUCUCUCCGACGCUCUCAGCGGUAUGCCGAUCUGUCACUGACCUCUACAUGUG